AUGCCUCUUCCCAAGAACUACAGCAUCAGGGCCCCUGCCGCCAAGGAUCACGCCCAAUACACAGAAACCUUGAAGGUGCUUACCAAGGUGGGCGACAUUUCGCCUGAGCAGUUCCAAGACGUGGUUUACACGUGGGAAAAGUACUCUGACAUGUACCACCCUAGGGUUAUCGUGGACGAGAACGACACUGUCGUGGCCACGGGCAUGCUUGUCGUGGAACAGAAGAUCAUCCACGAGUGUGGCAAGGUGGGCCACAUUGAGGACAUUGCUGUGAGCAAGUCUCAGCAGGGCAACCGUUUGGGCGACUUUUUGAUUUCCCUGUUGACCGCCAUCGCCAAGGAGAUGGGCUGCUACAAGGUGAUUUUGGACUGUCUGCCUGAGAACGUCGGCUUCUACGAGAAGUGUGGCUACCUGCCUGUGGGCAUUGAGAUGGGCCACCGUUUCGACUAG